CUGGCAGUAUGGUACGGAGUAUGUAGCCUAUAGGUACUUAACACUACGUAUGUAUGUACAUAUGUAUGUACAAGUUAAGUGAAACCAGCCCAGGUACCGAUCUAAGUGGCACGGAACGUUCCAAACCAUCGUCAGUUAAUGAGCGGAACCUCAACUCGUCCGAAACGCGCUGGGGAUUACCAUACCAAAGUCCGAUUCAAGCACAGGUCACAGCAUAAGAGUCUCCUCACACACGGCGUCUUGAAAUCCCGUGGUCAGUGACGAGAAUCGUACAGAUAGACUUGCCGGUGCCAAGAAACCUAGUCCUCCACAAGUCGGAUCAUCAGCAAUGGCGGACGAUUUCCAACUCUUCACCUCUCUCCGCUAUGACCCCGUCCUGUUGCAAGCUCGGGCGAGCAACAUGAGCCACGCCGGUUGGAACUGGGCCAACCCGUCCCCUCUCUACAUGCUCGACUAUCAUCGAGACCGCAUGCUACGGGCAGCCACUCACUGGGGGUGGGAUGCCGCCAUAGAAGUCCUCCAGGGGGACUCCGGGCUGCAACGUCUUGCUGAUCUUGUCCGAGGCAGCAUUGGGGAGAACCAAGAAGGUCCAUUGAGGGUCAGGAUAGCCAUCACCAGAGACGGUGAGUUGUCUCUGAGUUCUAGCCCAGUUCCAGAGACAACGCUCGUGAACCUCUUUCCUGAGCGGCUUCCUUCCCCGGAAGCAGUCGUCAAUGACGGUCCAAGAGAAAGUCUUCCUUCGAAGGCCCCCGUUUAUGAAGUUUUGGUGGACCGCCCAGAGACGGCGCGCUCCGAGUACACCCACUUCAAGACAACAAAGCGAGCAGUCUACGACGAAGCCAGAAAGCGGGCACAAAUUGGCCCUACCGACAAGAAGGAGGUUCUCAUAGUCAGCGAGACAGACAGCUCUGUGAUGGAGGGGUCUCUAACAACCCCCUAUUUCUGGAGGGGAGGAAGAUGGGUAACACCCGCCGUGAGCAGAGUGUACAGCCCGAAGGAGGGCAGCGGGGGCCAAGAUGGUACAUCGAGACGAUGGGCUCUGGAGAGAGCCCUUGCCGUGGAAGGCACAAUUUCCGCGGACUCGCUUGUUGAUGGUGAAGAGUGCUGGCUGAGUAACGGUGUGAGAGGGUUCUUCUUCGGGAAAGUGAAGUUGGCUUGAUUCUCCAUGGCCGAGACGGCAUUUUUAACCCUAUGCUCCCUUUCCAAAGGACUAGAUCGACUCUCCCUUCGGGUGGUACCAAGAACGCAAGUGUCAAGAGCGAGGGCGACACAGGCCCGGCGCUUUCAGGCGCGGCCGUUGGUCAAAAAAUGUCUAAUAAACCAAAAAAUUAUGUGAACUGGCGCUUCGAGCUGGCCUCAUGCUUUUAUCGGGCAGGAACUGCCUGAGGACAGGUCACGCCAGCC